AUGGCUGGAGUCAUUGGAGAUGACGAAGAACAACGUGUGAUAGAUCGUAUUCGAGCUAAUGCCUAUCGAGAAGCAAUGGAAGAAGGUGCAACGUUUAUCAAUCGAAAAUGGAUUGCUCAAAAACUGCAUCGUACUGAAAGGUGGGUUACAGACAACUGGAAAAAAGGAUAUGAACACUGCUUCACGAAGUUUGACGAUGGAAGACCGACAAAAUUGUCGGAAGAAAGCAAAAAUAUCAUAAGUGGAAAACAGUGGGAAAAGGCAAAGAAGCUGCAGGCGAGUUGCAAAGGAGAUUUUCGAGAAACGUGGGGAAGCCGUUAG